AUGACCCCUCCAACUGCUCAAGGAGUAGAAGAGGAGUUAUACAAUGCCUGCAUCUUCACUUUACAGAAAUUGCAGUACCUUGCCGUCGGAUUUUCCGAGAUCAGACAGGUCCUGCUCAUCCUCGAAUCCAUCGGUCCGAACUUUAUAAGACAGGCAAAAGCCAUCGCGCUAGUACACGAUAAAGAAUUGGAGCCCGUUACAAAAGUAUCAGUUGGAAUACUCGCAGAUAUUGGAGUCACAUUGAAAAGCAUAUGUUCAGCGUGUGAAAAGCGCAACUACAAAGGACUGAACCUCGGGAGAAAUCGACUAUCCGAGUUGCUGGAACUUGCUGAAGUGAAGUCCGAAACAUUGGACGCACCGUCAUACCUAGAAGCGGAUACCGAGGACGACGAAGCAUACAACGAGCUGAUUCGAGAAUGGGUGCAUGAGAUCAUGGGGUUGAGCACAACGUUCACUGCGUUAUGCAGCGGCUUUUCGCUGCAAGUUCGGCUCACGGCACAGCACAAAAUGGAGAGCCAGAUCCGAGAGCGUCAAGAGGAGCACACCCGAGUGACUGAGCCCACGAACAGGUCACGAUCUCGGUCACGAUCCUCUACUCGUCGCAGAGAAGUACUAAGGGAAUAUGGGAUAUCAGCUUAA